GAGAAGUUAUAUUAUAUAAACCCUCUAGAUAAUUAUUCUGUAAAUCAUUAAGUGGCCGAUUUUAGCUGGUAAUUUGACGAUAAAAAACAUCAUGAAGUGGGCUUCAGCUCUGUCCUUCACCACCACAGCGUCUCUGUUUACAACUACCCGAGGAGGUCAUGGUCUUAUAGGAUAUGGCCAAUGGUGGUAUGAUCCAAAGUGUUGCUACGCAUGUCGUGGCGUUAUCGCAUCUGCUCCGCUUGAGUGCCCUGAUGGUAGCGUGGGCAACGCGGAUACGGGAAUGGAUAUGAAUAUGGCAUCUCCAGCUGUGUCUUGUAUUUCUGACAAUACUGCCUUCUUAACUACGCUCGCUUAUUGCAUUAAUUCGACAUGUUAUGGUGAUCAAGUGGGAACGUGGGAAAUCGAGAAAUAUUGGGCUGAUGAGGCCACUAGUGACCCAUCCGUACCCCCUAAAUGGACUUACGGUAUGACUCUUGCGAAUAUAACCCAAGCGCCGACCAGGAUAUGGAGAGGCGGUACAGUGCUUAACUACACUGCGCUUCUCUUGUCUAGCGAUUACGAAUAUCAGAAAUCCUUUGACGAUCUCUUCGACUGGGAAGAAUAUAUCCAGUCCACAUACGUUAUUAUCAUUAUUAUGGUCGGUGUGGGGACUCCGGUGCUAAUGUCUUUCAUCAACUACCUUCCUUGGGUGACUCGCCUCCUCGAUAGGUUGAAGCCGUACCUAAUAUACCCGUCUGCGAUAACCACGAGAUCGCUCCCAUGGCUCUUGGGAAAUAUGCCAACCAGGGGAGAGAGCCUUUAUAUCACUAUGUUUAUUACCCUCAACAUCGUACUCAGCGCUGUCUCGUAUCGGGGAUUCGAUAAACCGCACCCUUGGGGAUUUACUCCUGCUGGAGAGAUCAUGGCGUACGUAGGGUAUCGCACUGGUCACAUCUCCUUUGCGCUCCUGCCAUUGACAGUGUUGUUCUCUUCCAGGAAUAACUUCCUCAUUUGGCUUACAAACUGGCCGUACUCAACCUUUCUGGUGCUCCAUCGUUGGGUUGCGCGGGUCUGUGCUCUCCAGGCGGUAGUACAUUCUAUCACACUCCUUGGCGCGUAUAAUACAAAUGGUGUCUAUUACACUGACGUCCACAAGCCUUAUUGGAUAUGGGGCGUUGUAGCCACCCUAUGCCUCGUGGUACUGCUGUUUCAGAGUGCUACUUGGUUCCGUCGCGCAUCAUAUGAGGUCUUCUUGAUAUUUCAUAUCCUGCUCACGGUUUUUGCAAUCGCUGCUUGCUGGUACCACGUCAUGUACUGGAAGGGAUUUACGGGGAUUUAUGAGUAUUGGCUCUAUGCUGUUUGCGCUACCUGGUUCUUCGACCGCCUCAUACGCGUGCUGCGUGUCUGCCAAAAUGGGGUUUGCAGGGCAACAAUAGUGGAAAUCGACACGAACAACAUUGUUCGCGUUGAGGUUAAGGGGCUAAGAUGGGCGUCUGAACCCGGCUACCACGCUUACGCUUAUUUCCCGACCCUCCAUCCCCUCCGCCCUUGGGAGAACCACCCAUUCUCUAUCGUCCAUAGUGCCACGUUAUACGCACGGAAAAACAUGUUUGUUGAUCCGAGCGACAUCAUGCGGCGUGAUAUAGAAGAAGGGCCGGACAAUAAGCGUGGGGGGAUGACCUUAGCUUCCCAGGAAACGGAGGCCUCUAGUGGUGUCGUUAUGUACAUUAAAAAACAUCACGGAAUAUCGAAAUACCUCGAAGGUUGUCAUAGCCUACCUGUACUCCUCGAUGGUCCUUACCGAGGUAAUGCGCAUAAGGAGAUACUGAAGUGCGAUCGUGUGCUUCUCAUCGGCGGUGGUAUUGGUAUCACUGGAUUGCUCUCGUGGACAGAUAAACAUUUCAAUGUUAAGCUAGCCUGGAGCCUGAGAGAGACCGCGAAGCCGCUUGCGCAUGAUCUCUCCACGGUCCUGAGUAAUAUUCCUGAUAAGGAGAUCCUGGUUGGAGAGAGAUUAAAUGUAGAUGCAUUAUUGUUGCAAGAGAUACAGGCAGGAUGGGAACGAAUUGGAGUGGUUGUCUGUGGCCCUGUUGGGCUUUGCGAUACGGUACGCAAGUCAGUCGUAGCGUUUGGGAGAAAGGAAAACACCAUAUUUGAGCUUGCGACUGAGGCGUUUUCGAUGUGAGCUUAGCGGAAAUGGACUGUAAAUAGCUCCCGGGACAGCGGACCAUAUCAAGGUCAGGAUAAUCGCACAGCCUAGAACGUAUGAGUUACCUAGACCUUCGUAUGGGAGGCGGUUAAAAUUGACGGUUUAUGAGGAUAAUUAUAGUGAACUCGGACAUCUCACACUUAAGAUUACAUAUUUCAACGUGAUAUAUUGGGUUGACAUGAGAAAACAACAUAUAUAUCUCUAUGGGAGCGAAUAUUAGUGUAGGUCGUGUGUUGUUUUACCCCUUUUUACACCCACCGAUUGAAUCUAUACUUUAUCGGCUCCUACAUCACGACGUAGAAGUCAGAAAUAAAACCAAAAAUCAUUA